AUGUCCACCAAUGGUAACAUGAUGAAACUUUUCUGCGCUGACCGGUCCGGGGUCGUAUCCACACGGUUGAUGCUGAAUCACUUUGUGUUGAGCGAUGAGGUUCAGCCGGUCGAUUCUUCAGUGCAUCCCUGGCUCUUGGGCAGGAUUAUAAAGAGGUCAAGGUUCGCUGCAAUUCAGAAGAAGAAGACAUCAUCAACAAAUCACCAGAAACAAGCCUUCUACACCAUUCCACUCCUAAACAAGCCUUCAACUCAACCCAUCAACAUGAUCAGCAACAUCCCGAACCAACUCCCCAUGAUGCUCGACCAGAGUCACGAUGGGGAAGCUCACGAAACUCAGUCCAUCGAGCCUCCCAUGAUCGCGUGCCUGGGCGAGCUUGAUGGUCCGGCCCAUGUCGGCCCAUUGGGCUCUCUGCCCGGCGCCGACUCGGCCAUUCGUACCCGCCCCAAGAUUCCGGGCACGCGCUGUCCUACCUGCGCCCUGCAGAGCAAAGAAGUCUGGGUUAUUCCCGGCCGCUGCUGCGGCUACUGCGGCACCCCCUGCGGUUGA